UUCAUAAAGCUCUUGACUUCGCUUAGAGGGCCGAUGCUAUCGUCAACCCUGUUGAUAUUGACUGGCCUACCCUGUCUUGUUCCGCUCUCAAUCUGCGGUUGCUUGGUUGGAGAAAAAAAUUGUCCAUGGGUCGCGUCCCUAUUCACCGAGCCCUUGAACCCCGCGACACUUUACCGGACACCACGAGCGAGAGAGGCUACACACUCAUCCUCCCGAUUCCAAGCCACUGGCUGCCAUUGGCGCACUAGCGACUGGCGUUGGGGUCGUGAUUGCGAGUCGACAGCUUCAAGUCCAAGCGGGUGCACAGGCAAGUGCACUUGGCCGUCGGUGAAAGCGGACGGAGGAAUUUAAAUGAUCACUGACAGUACGUGGCUGACGCAAACUGCCAUGUCGAGCUUGUCUGAUCUGAUGACGGGCCGCCUUAGAAAUAUUCGGAGGCGUUAUGUCUGGCGCCAUGGAGAGCAUCCUCGGUACU